AUGCCGUUAGUAACGAGGAACAUCGAGCCAAGGCACCUGUGCCGUCAGACGUUGCCUAGUGUUAGAAGCGAGCUGGAAUGCGUGACCAACAUCACCCUGGCAAAUGUCAUCCGACAGCUGGGCAGCCUGAGUAAAUAUGCAGAGGACAUUUUUGGAGAGCUCUUCACUCAGGCAAAUACCUUUGCCUCUCGGGUAAGCUCCCUUGCUGAGAGGAUUGACCGCCUACAAGUUAAAGUCACUCAGCUGGAUCCCAAGGAAGAAGAAGUGUCACUGCAAGGAAUCAACACCCGAAAGGCCUUCAAAAGCUCUACCAUUCAGGACCAGAAGCUUUUUGACAGAAACUCUCUGCCUGUGCCUGUCCUGGAAACAUACAACACGUGUGAUACCCCUCCGCCUCUCAACAACCUCACCCCUUACAGGGACGAUGGGAAAGAAGCACUCAAAUUCUACACAGACCCUUCGUACUUCUUUGAUCUUUGGAAGGAGAAGAUGCUGCAGGACACCAAGGAUAUCAUGAAAGAGAAGAGAAAGCAUAGGAAAGAAAAGAAAGAUAAUCCAAAUCGAGGCAACAUAAACCCACGUAAAAUCAAGACACGUAAGGAAGAAUGGGAGAAAAUGAAGAUGGGACAAGAAUUUGUGGAAUCCAAAGAAAAGCUGGGGCCUUCUGGGUAUCCGCCCACCUUGGUGUACCAGAAUGGUAGCAUCAGUCCUGUUGAAAACAUGGAUGUAAGCAACUACCCACCGCCGCCGCAGUCAGACUCCACCUCUCUGCCUUCUUCCUUCUCUGAGGAGAGCUUACCUCCGCCGCCAGCAGAAUUCAGCUACCCAGCAGACAACAACCAAAGGGCGUCGGGCUUAGCUGGGCCCAAAAGAUCCAGUGUGGUCAGCCCAAGCCACCCACCGCCAGCUCCUCCUCUGGGCUCCCCACUGGGCCUCAAACCCGGCUGCGCUCCGCCCUCGGCCCCUCCGCCUCCGCCUCCGAUGAUGAACGUGCCCCCUCCGCCUCCGCCUGGAGGACUGGGGUCCCCGGCGACCCCACCGCCGCCCUCACCGCCCUCUUUCCCACCUCACCCCGAUUUCGCUGCCCCUCCCCCUCCCCCCCCACCGCCGGCAGCUGACUACCCGCCGCCGCUUCCCUUAUCCCCAUCAACCGGAGGGGCACCUCCUCCUCCUCCCCCUCCUCCCCCUCCUGGGCCGCCGCCUCUCUUUUAUGGCGGCGCAGACGGCCAGCCUGCUGCACCGCCGCCGCCGCCUGCCGACGCACCCAAGUCCAAGUCCUCCUUGCCUCCUGUGAGCGACGCCCGCAGUGACUUGCUCUCAGCCAUCCGCCAAGGCUUCCAGCUGCGCAGGGUGGAGGAGCAGCAGGAGCAGGAGAAGCGGGACGUGGUGGGCAACGACGUGGCCACCAUCCUGUCGCGUCGCAUCGCCGUUGAGUACAGUGACUCCGAAGACGACUCCUCCGAGUUUGAUGAGGACGACUGGUCGGAUUAG